AUGUCCGACCCUAAGAGACCGCGCCUCGACGACUCGGCGAUGUCGCCCAACAUGAACCAGCAGUCUGAAAGCGGGUUCAGUGGGCCUUCGGAACGACGUCGCUCAAGUAGGAGUGAUCCUCGCCGCCGAUUCGAGUGCACAUAUCCUGGCUGUGGGAAGGAUUAUUCACGCGCAGAGCACCUGAUUCGCCAUCAGCUAAACCAUAACCCAAAAGAGAUCUACAAGUGUGACUAUCCAGGUUGUACGCGGAGGUUUGUGCGACAGGACCUUUGCAUUCGUCACCGAGAACGGCAUGACGGACGAUCAAAGUCGCAAACGAGAAGACAGUCGUCGUCUGGCCAUAACGGACCACUAUCGCCUAGGUCGUCUGUGAGCGACGAGGCCAUGAAUGACCAGGCUUCACCUACAUCAAACACGCUGCAUUCCCCAGCCUUGGCGCGAACGUCUUUCUCAACAGCCUCUCCACUCAAACCUACGGAUCUACAAGCAAUCAUUCAACAAUCGAGGCCGGAGUCGAACGGCAUCAAUGGUCACAGUUCUUCACAGAAUUUUUUGCCUGCUCGUACGGCCUCCGUCCAGCACAUGCUGGAUUCGGCUCCGCAGCAGACGUCUGCAUCAACCGGCGACUAUGCCAUGCCCCAUAUGCCCAACGAGUCCAAUCUAUCUCUUCAACGAACAAACAGUAUACCAGAAAGUGUCUUUGGUAAUUUCGAUCCCGGAAUGCUGGCCAAAUCGACACCAUCGACAAACGCCAACAUAGUCCCCACGUCGAGCAAUCAGCAGACACAGGACCUGUCCACCACUACGACGUAUUCUAUACCCAGUCUGGGCGAGCAGCAGCCCUUCAACGACUCACCCAUAUCAGUCCGAGACGAAUUCACCGCGUGGUUAUUCGAAGAUGCCGGCGGGAUGCACACGACCGCAUUCGCCCUUCCCGGCGCCGGUGGGAUCGGCUUUCCAACAGCGGCCGAUAGCUUCGGCAAUGCCAUAUAUCCCAACUAUUUCGCCGACCCUGCGCUGGAAAAUGCAUAUCCGGGCAUGGUGCAGCAGCGGUCGACGGAGUCAGUGAGCAAAGGACCCGAGCUGGCCCUUGCCGGCGACAGCAAUCUAUUGUCACAUACCAAGCGGAAAUCGUUGGUUUCUCUAAUGGAAUAUCGAUUCAACGAAGGAGACAAUCCAUUUGUCAGACAGUUGCGCGAAGAAAUCUUCCAGGGCAACAUUGAUGCCGAGGACCAUGUCCUCAGCAUCCGGUCGAUGCGACACUACAUUGGCUCAUACUGGUAUCACUUCCAUGCCCAGAUGCCAAUACUACAUCAACCGACCUUUUCGGCGGACGACAUUCACGAAUACUUACUGCUGGCCGUGAUGGCCAUUGGAGCGGCGUACCUGAAUAGAGCACACGGGCGAGCCGUGACCGAUGCAGCCGCUCGGCUGGCUACAUUUAUUGCCUGGCACCUGCGAUGGCAGGUAUUUAUGCACAACGACUUCCACCCACCAGCUAAACUGUGGGUGUUUCAGACAUUGUUGUUGUUAGAGGUAUACGAGACGAUGAAUGCCAACCGACUGCUUCAUGAACGGUCGCACAUCCACUACGCAACGACCAUCAACCUGAUGAGACGAGGCACGAACUUGAUCGAGACAGCAGCCAGCCACCAGGAUUCUUCACGCGUGCCCUCGACGCCCGACGAAUGGUGGAGUCGCUGGAUCACGGCCGAAGCUACGCGGCGAGCGGCCUACGCGGCAUUUUAUCUCGAUGCGGUGCACGCGACCAUGUUUGGGCACGCGGCGAUGAUGGUCGUGCACGAGAUCCGACUGCCUCUGCCGUGCGACGACGCCCUCUGGUCAGCGACGUCUGCUGCCGAAGUCGGCCGGGUCGAGGCCAGCUUAUAUGCCAACGGAAUCAAACCGACGACGUUCCUGGACGGCCUCAAAAAGACCCUGAUCGGUCGUAAAGUCCGGACCAACAAUUUCGGCCGCAUGAUCCUCAUGGCCGGUCUGCUUUCUGUUUCAUGGCACAUGCACCAGCGAGAUCUGCAGGUGUCUAGCUUGGGAGUGUCACAGACCAUGGGUGUUCCUGACGGGUGGAGGAAUCCACUGACCAAAGCGUUUGAUUUCUGGAAGCGCGAUUUUGACGAGAGUGUCGAACAUAUGAGACGGGCGGCGCUGCCCUGGCAGAAGAACGAGACUGUGGCUGGAGACGAGGACAUGGCCAAGACGGCCGACGUGCUUCACCAUCUCAGUCACAUGGCCAUGCAUGUGGAUGUCAUGGAACUUCAGAUCUUUGCCGGAAUCAAGCAGCUGUUUGGCCGGUCUGUGUCCAAUGCCGAUUACGAGAGAGUCAAAUGUAAGGUGUUUGACUGGGCCAAGGGCAGCAGUGCUAAGAUUGGCGUGUGGCAUGCCUUGCAGCUACUUCGGUCGGUGCUGCUGUCGUCGACAUCACCGCCCAAUGUUUCAAGGAAGCUGUAUAAUGCCCGUGAUGAUCAUUUGAUGGUCCGGCCGUGGUCGCUGUACUACGCUGCGCUGGUGGUUUGGUCGUAUGGAUUUGCUCUGGAUGGUGUUCUUCGUCCGUUUCCGAGUUUGUUGCUUCAGCCUCCGGCGACGGCGACUGGAGGGAGUUUCGGCGGGUCAGGUGUAGGCUCGGGGCCAGCCGCAUCUCCCAGCGCCGCAUCGGUGCUCUCCCACGCCAGCAGUUCCAACACCAACCACUCGUCAAUGCUCAACAUGACUUCUUCGGCCCACGAUGGCGGCAGCGGUGUCGAUUACCACGUCGACGCGGUGGUCAAGGACGCCCAGGCGUUUCUGCAGACUGUCGGCGCAGCCAAGUCGCCGCAGCAGCUUGAUGCCAUCAAGGACGGUAGGAACAAUGUCGUUGGCGUCUUGGUCAUUCUAGAGGCCGCGUUCCGUGACUCCAGGUGGGAACUGUUGCAUGAAGCGGCGGAUUUGUUGCAUAAUGGGAUCGUGUUGCUGAGGGGGGCGAGUCGGUCACGAUAA